CACUCUCGUUUUAGUCGACUGUCGACAAUAUUCGCUGGUGAAGCUGACUAUCGUUGUCUUUUUUAUGAAAUCGCGUUUCCCGUAAAACGAUGGCCAUUCUGUUCCUCUUUUGUUACGUCACAAUGAUCGUAAUGGCUGUCGAAGACGAUGGAUGGGUGUGGAAGAACGGAGAGAGCAGGCUCGGGAAGACGAGGUACCAGGUGAAUGAGAAUAUCGAACAUUUCAGUAACGAGAGACCAUUAAUAGGAUUUAAACCACAAAACGUGGGACCUUACGGUCCUAACAGUAGACCUAUUGUACCGGCAUCGUAUCCUGGCAACAAAGAAGUUCUUGUCGGUCCUGGUGGCCCGACUGGCAUUAUAAAAAGACCUUCCUACACCGGAAAUAUCGACGAUGGCGCAUUGGAAACUGGUUUCGUGCCAUCUUGGGUCAAGGACGAUCCUCGAUAUCGAGAAUAUGACACUUGCAGAUGCAGAUAUAGCUUCAACUGUCCUUCCGUAGGAUUGAAAUUUGGUACCUGCGCAAAAGACAAAAAAUAUUGCUGUUUUAAUAGCAAGAAGUAUCCUACCUUGAUUUCCGGACAAUAUGGUCAAGGAUAUCCGUAUCCGAGCGCUCCUAACAAAUACGGUCCAGCAACCUUUGUGCAAUCGCCAAACUAUUAUGGUAAUCGAAGACCGCCAGGGAGUUUCACCAGUGCUAACAGAUAUCCUGGAAAUUACCAUUUCCCUGAAGGGAAUCUGAAUCUCUAUCCACGACCCCAAGGCAAUCCUUAUGAGCAGAAUUACGACUACAACGAUUUCCAGUUUUAUAGUCGGUCCUUAAAGAAAAAUCAGACCCAGAACGAGAGUGAGGAUGAAAAAGUUUAAGCUCCAUUUACAUACAUGAAUACAAUUUUCUCUUUUUCCUCUGAUCAAUCUUCUAAUAGGUUUUCAUAUAUAUGUCAUCUUAUAAAUUCUUAUUGCGAUCAAUCUGAAUAAAAUUAGAUUAAAAAUGUUAUGAGUUGAUGGGAAAAAAUUCGGCGAAUAAAAUGUUGUCAAUGUAGAAGAAGAACAUUUAAAUAAAACAAAUCUCUGUUCAAGAUUAUAUUAUAAAUAUAUAAUACGUAAUUAUAUUAAUAUAUAUUUAUAAUAUAUUUAUAAUAUUAAUUUAUAAUAUUCAAAUUAAUAAAUUUUAAAAAUAUUUUUAUAUAAACAUUGACGAUGGAUUCUAUGGUUAAAAAUUAAAAGUUAUAAAAAUAUAUUAUGCAAAAAGUAUAGGUAAAUAGAAUAAGAAAUAUAAGAUAAUGAAACAGAAUAAAAGAAAUAAAAGAAUAAAAAAAUAAAAUAAAGUAAAAUGGAAUAAAAUAAAAUAAGAGAUUAAACGAAUAAUCUUUAAUAUAAUAAUAGAUUCCUAGAUACGAUUCUUUCUUUCCAAUAUGAAUUGAAAUGACUGAAUAAAUUUUAUUUACUUCUUAUUUUAUUGGUAUAUAUACUAUUUUUCCAAAUACAUACAUCAAUUGAUUUGAUAAUUAUAUUAAUUAUUCAUUAUCAGAUUUUAAAUCAAAAUAAUACUCUAUUAUGGACUUAUUGGAAUU